AUUUGAUUGUGUAAGAAUAACUUCUCGUUUGGUAAACGAUACUUCACGAGACGUAAUCUUUCAACGUAAAAAAUAUCAGGUUAUCACCAGUCGGUAAACAAAGAAAAUAAAUCUUAGCAAGUGUUGAUGAAUCAAAAAAGUGAAAAACCGUCACUAUCAGGCCAACGUCUGAAGACUAGGAAAAGGGAUGAAAAGGAGAAGUACGAUCCAUCUGCUUUUCGUGAUGCGAUUAUUCAGGGUUUGAAUGAGACAGAGGCAGAUCUAGAUCAGGUUGCAAAAUUUUUAGAUGUGUCCAAAUUGGACUACAGACGCUAUGCAGAUGUCCUGUUUGAUGUAUUGUUUGCAGGCGGACAACUAGCCCCUGGGGGCUCCAUUCUGGAGGACCCUGACCAGUCCAAGGUGUGCCGUACAGACAUCUGUGUGUUCGGAUGCGAGGCAGACAGGAACAAACUCAAGGGAUACUUUGAGGUUUUCAACAAGUUGUUGCGAAGGUACAAAUACCUAGAGAAGGCGUUUGAAGAUUCUGUUAAAAAGUUGCUGGUGUUUCUGAAGGGUUUCUCGGACGAGGACCAGCAGAAAUUGGCCAUCAUCCUGGGGAUCAUCUUUGCCAAUGGCUUCUGUAAGGCCAAUGUCCUGUCUGCCCUCUUUGAGGACCACCUGGUCAAGGAGGGCAUCUCACUGCGAUUUGCGACAUCCAUGUUCCGUUCGUGGCUCGAGGAGAAGGACAUAGGCUCCGUCAUCAAGGCGCUCAAGGUUGCAGAAAUCGAGUCCAGGCUUCUGGAGUUGUUUCCCGUGACCAAGAGGAGCCAAGAUGCCUUUGUGACCCACUUCACAAACGAGGGGCUGGAAGCUAUAGCCUCUUUCCAGAACAAGCAACAGUCUGUUGAAGUGAAGAAAGACAUGCAGAAAAGUCUUGAAGAAAUGAUGGAGAAUGAAGAUGAGCCUAAACAGAUUGUGAGUUACCUGACAGAAUACAUGAAGAAACACGGCCUGUCUGACAGUGACCUUGUCAUUCAUGUGUGGACAACUCUGAUGGCACAGGUGGAGUGGAACAAAAAAGAGGAGCUGGUAGCAGAGCAGGCCAUAAAGCAUCUGAAGAAGUACGCACUGGUGUUGGCCACGGUGGCACGCUCACUGGACGCGGAGAUGAAACUGCUUGUGAAGAUACAGGAGUACUGCUACGACAACAUGGCCUUCAUGAAGGUCUUCCAGAAGAUCAUUGUCCUCCUCUAUAAAACGGAUGUAGUGAGCGAGGACAGUGUGCUCAAGUGGUACAACGGGGGCCACUCUGUCAAGGGCAAGUCAGUGUUCCUGGAGCAGAUGAAACCCUUCAUAGAAUGGCUGCAGAGUGCAGAGGAAGAAUCGGAGGAUGAUUAGAUUUUCUAACACUGGAAAGUUACUGCACCAGCCUACUGGAUUGGUUCCCCUUGGAAAGUUACUGCACCUGACUACUGGAUUGGUUCCUUUAAGUUGACCAUCUUGUCCGUACCAUCAACUGAAUGCUCAAAUCCGUUUACAGCAACAAACCAUCAAAUUUGAAACCAUCAUUAAUCAGCAUUUAGACUAGAUUAUACGUUAAAACUUGAAGAGGAUCUUCAAAAUAAUUAUGUACAUUUUACUAUUUACUUAUGCUAUUUGCUUUCAACUGUGGAACUUCUUUCAUCAUUUUUGUGUUUUAUUAAUUUUAUGGAUGCUAUAUUAUAAUGUUUUAACAUUUUAGAUGAAAAUGGCAUAGAACAAUAACUAAUGGUGUCUAACACUAAUUUAAAAUCAAGAAAAGUAACAUUACUUCAUCGUUAUAUCCAUGUUAUCAAAUAUUUUUGUCAGUAAAAGCUCAUUUGUUAAACAUUAUUUUAAUGUGUAAAUACCUUUCUCGUGUUUGUUUUUUUCUUUCCUAGAAAGAGGAUCUAACAAUUAAUUCUGAAAUACUGUUGAUUAACAUAAUUUUCAUGCUCAUUUUGUAUUUUUCUGUUUGGUGCAAGUGUAGAAUUAUGCCCCCUUCAAAGAAGUGGAGGGAUGACUCAUUGGGAUUUUUCAAGAUCAAAUUCCAAUUUCUUAGGUAUGACUGCUUUAAGUCGAAGGGCAUACAUGUUUUACAAACAUCUCUUGUUUAAACCAUGUUUAUAAAUUCAACCUGUUAGUAUAUUCAGAUUACCAAAUAUUUCCCAUUACAAAUGCAAUUUGUAUGACUAUAUUUAAAAUAUUGAAUGUAUAACCUUGAUUGAUUUUAUAGAUUAACCCUUUUGUUUAUUAUUUUAUAUGCAAAUUUCAUAUUUCUUGUUUUCAUUCAGGCAGUAGUAUUUUUAGAAUACAGAAAGGGGAAUGAAACCAUAUUUUUUUGCAAUUUCAUAAACAUUGAUUUCAUUAACAAUCAGGGAAAUAAGAUUGCCUAGUUUGAGAUGGAAUGUUUAUUGGAGAUGAUUCGAGCAGACUUUUGUAAUAUGCAUUUUUCAUUGACUUUUCUCAAUUACAUCUAGUAGAUAUUUUGUACAUUUUAACAUAUUGUAACUGAAAUAUAUUGAAUAAAUGUUCUUUGUACAA